UACAACUGCAUUUGCGUUUGAGUUCUGUAUUGUUUCGGCGUGGUGUCCCGCGGGUGCAAGUGUUUCGACAAAAUAACCAAGAUGUACUUCAGAUUCGGAUUACUCCUCCUGGCUGCGGUGUGCCUUUCGGUUCGUGCUGAUGACACCGAAAGAGAAUUCAUCAAUGCAAUUGAUAUUGCCGAUAGUGAAAAGUCGAUGUACCUGUUCGGUGGAUUAAGUGUCGAGAAGAUCAGUGGCGGUCGAUCAUAUCAACCAGCUUCCAAUGUUCUGGACCGCGUCGAACAAUACCUCGAAACUCAUGAGCUUAAGUGGUCAACAUCUGCGGAAGAAGAGGAGGAGCAAGCUAGAAGUGCAUCGGCUUCAGAACCUCGAACCCGACGAUUAAGGAAGAUGCUCUUGCCAAUUUUGCUGGCUUUGAAACUGAAAAUGGCUGUUGUCCUCAAGUUGGCAUUCAUGAUCAUUAAAUUCAUUUCAAUCAAGGCUCUUAUUACUGGACUCCUUGCCCUUCUUUUCGCUGGUGGCGCCCUAUUCAAAGAUUUAUUGGCAAAGAAAAAGGAUCAUAUCACAACAGCAUACAUUACAGGAGCCCCAUAUAAUGCCGAGAUUGUGCAUUCCGACUGGAAUCGCAACGGUCAGGCUUCCGCACAGGAGUUGGCUUAUGGAUACCACACGAUCCCACAACCUGCUUUCUGAGGAAUUGUAUAGAAAGCUUUGAGUAAUUUAAAUUAAAUAUUUAUUUAUUAUUAUUUAAUUUGUGUAUAAAUAAAUGUGAAUUCUAAGCAGUGCA